AUGGCCAUCCAAAAAUCUCCUACCAUAUUCACCAUGUGCCACAUUCCCAUCUUCUCUUGGAUCACCACCAGAGUUAUUCAGGGUUAUUUGGACAAAGAUGAGGAGGGUGAGCUUCCCAUAACACUGACUGAGAUAUGCACAGUGCUCUUGUCCUACAACCUGGAAAGGUUCAAGGAGAGACUUCCUUCUGAAAGCAUCCAUUACAUGAAAGUGCUAGCAGAGCUGGCUUUUCACCACACGAUGAAAAAGCAUCAGAUCUUCUACGAAGAAGACCUGAAGAAGAGCGGGUUUGAUUACCGCCAAGCCGCAAAACACUGUGGUUUGUUCACCGAGGUUUUUAAUGAGGUGCGUCAGGUAAGAAAACAACAAGGCAAGAUGUUUCAGUUUAUCCAUCUGACCAUCCAAGAAUAUUUGGCUGCACUGUACGUGAUGAUAAGCCUCUUCCACGACAAGAAAAACAUUCUGGCUUAUUUAGAACUAUCACUGGAAGGUGUUUUCAUGCCAAUCACUCAGGUCCAUGAGUUAGCUAUUCAAAAAGCUUGGGAGAAUGAAGGAAACCUGGACCUGUUCCUCCGCUUCCUCAUUGGCCUUUCCUUGCAGUGCAACCAGAAAAUAGUGAGGGAACUGCUGAAGCCUCCAGAGAACUGUUGUCAAAGCAACUUGGACACAGUAAGGUUUAUCAAGCAUUGUAUGGCAUUUAAAUCUCCAGAAGAGAACAUCAACUUGUUCUAUUGUCUAAACGAGCUGAAUGACAAUUCCUUGCUAAAGCGGAUCCAGCAGAAACUAAGUAAAGGAAAUCUGAACUGGCGCAACAAGCCAGUGGUCAUGUGGUCAGCCCUGGCCUUCUUCUUACUAACCUCCGAUGAAGCCAUGAAUUCCUUUGACCUUCAGAAGUACUCUGCAACAGCGGUGGGGCUUGAGAUGCUACAGUCUGUGGUCAAGGGUUCUCAAAAAUCAUUCUGUCACCUGCUGGCCUCCAUUCUCAACUCCCGAUCAAACCUGAGGCAUCUGGACCUGAGCAACAACAACCUGUUGGACGAGGGAGUCGAGAUCCUCUUGGAAGGACUGGCCAGCCCACACUGCAUCUUACAAUCUGUCACGCUGCAAGAUCACAGAGGAAGGAUGCGUUUCAUUGAUCGAGGCUCUCAAGUUAAACCCCUCCCAUCUCAAGCGCUGCACCUGAACCACAACAACCUGCGGGAUGGGGUCUUGAUCCUGUUGGCCAGCCCACACUGCAUCUUACAUGUUCUCGAGCUGAUAGAUUGCAGGAUCACAAAGAAAGGAUGCGUUUCAUUGGCGCAGGCUCUAAAGUCAAACCUCUCCCAACUUCAAACGAUGGACCUGAGCGGCAAUGUCCUGAUGGACGAGGGGGUCGAGACCCUUUCAAAAGCACUGGCCAGCCCAGAGUGCAACUUACAAGACCUCAUGCUGAAACACUGCAGGAUCACGAAAGAAGGAUGCGUUUCAUUGGCGGAGGCGCUUAAGUUAAACCCCUCCCGUCUUCAAAAGCUGGACCUCAGCAACAAUGUGCUGAUGGACGAGGGAAUCGAGAAGCUCUCAAUAGGACUGGCCAGGCCAGACUGCAUCUUACAAGACCUCAAGCUGUCACACUGCAGCAUCACAAAAAAAGGAUGUUUUUCAUUGGCUGAGGCUCUCAAGUCAAACCCCUCCCAUCUUCAAAAAAUGGACCUGACCGGCAAUGACCUAAUGGAUGAGGGCAUCGAGCUCCUCUCUGCUGGACUGGCCAGUCCAGACUGCAUCUUUAAAAUCCUCAGGCUACCAUACUGUAAGAUCAUGAAGCAAGGAUGUGUUGCAUUGGCCGAAGCUCUCAAGUUAAACCCCUCCCAUCUUCAAGAACUGGAGCUGAGCUACAUCAACCUGCGGGAUGGGGUCUUGAGCCUGUCGGCUGCACUAGCCAGCCCACUCUGCAACUUGCGAAUCCUCGGGCUGUCAUCCUGUGGGAUCAUGGAGAAAGAAUGUGUUUCAUUGGGCAAAGCUCUCAAGUUAAACCCCUCCCAUCUUCAAGAGCUUAACCUGAGCUACAACAAACUGCGUGAUGGGGUCUUGAUCCUCUCGGCCGGACUAGCCAGUCCAGACUGCACCAUACAAGUUCUUGAGCUGACAGACUGCAGGAUCACAGAGAAAGGAUGCGUUUCAUUGGGCGAGGCUUUCAAGUCAAAACCCUACAAUCUUCAAAGCUCGCUCAAUCGCUCGGAUGCUCCAUCUGCGCAUCUUCUUCUGGCGUGUAAGCACGCUCUUCUUCGCGUGAGCAAGUACAAGUGA